GGGUUGGACCGUCAGAAGGAAGUAAAAAGGAAAAAGGGAGCGCAUUGCAGACUUGUUGGAGGGGAACAUGGCAGCCUCGACGAUCGGUUGGCGACGGUCGAUGAGAAGCGCGCGAUAUGCGAUGGGUUGCCUUCUAUGCCUUGUGGUGGUGAUGAGCGAUCUCGAUAUCGCGUCAAAGGCGCGUAUGACUGCAGUUGCUCAGGCUUCGCCGCGAACUGGCAGGCGCAUCUGCGUUCGAGGAGAAGUGGAAUGCAAGACCGGAAGACGAAGGUGCAUCCCAGAAUUCAGUUUUUGCGAUGGAAAGAAAGACUGUGAUGAUGGCUCGGAUGAAGGAGAUCACUGUGUGGCAUUCGACUGCGGGCCUCGCCGAGGAAAAUGUCCCAGCAAACGGAUGUGCACUGCCAAACAAACAUGGUGGCCAGAUGAUGACGGCAUUUACCCUCCGUUUAAAUGGUACCUGUGCAAUGGUGCCGUCGACUGCUAUGAUGGAAGCGAUGAGAAAAAGGACUACUGCAAGUCUUUCAACUGCACUGCGGACGACGCGUACGCUAUGAAAUGCCCAAACGGGGUGCAAUGCUUGCGGACGGAGACAGAUGACAGAGCAGAUGACCCUGUGUUCAAGUUCUGUGAUGGCAUCCCGGACUGCAAAGAUGGAAGUGACGAAGCCGGGUGGUAUUGCAAAAACCGUCUCUGCUCCACUCUGGACAUAGACGAAGAGUUUGCAAGGAAGGCCUACUUCCGCUGCGAUGGAGGGCGAUGUGUGCGCAACGAAGCCUUUUGCAAUGGAACGAGGGAGUGCCGAGAUGGCUCGGACGAAAAGAAUUGCCAAUCCAAAACUUGUCCGGAGGGAUUCAGGAAGUGCAAGGAUGGUCGGACUUGCCGUGCUGCAGACCUAUUCUGCGACGGCAAGCGCGAUUGCCCGGAUGGAUCCGACGAAGGCCUCCAAACAUGUGGGUGUCGGGACCUGAAGCAGCGGCUCUGUGCUGACAAUAAGACCUGUGUUGCCAGAACAAAGUUCUGCGAUGGGAGACAGGACUGCCCUGAUGGCUCAGAUGAAACUUCCGAAUUUGCUGGCUUCCAAUACGAGAAGUCAUGCAAUGCCAGCAACGGCCAGUACCAGUGCCCGACGGGGCCAUUGCAGUACUCGUGUCUUUCCAGAUCCCAAUUUUGCGAUGGCAGGAAGGACUGUGCAGAUGGCUCGGAUGAGCAAAUUGCCAACUGCGGGAAGCUCCCAUGCACCUAUGAGAAUGAGAUCCGAUGCAAGGACGGCAGCAGCUGCAUAAACCCAUCCAGUCAGUGCGACGGCCGUUAUGAUUGUCGAGACAGGUCUGAUGAGAAAUCGAGCUUGUGCAAGACUUUUGACUGCAGCAGCAGCGGAAGGGUGAAGUGUCCGAGCGGGGUGGGAUGCAUGGACUUGAGAGAGAAGCUUUGCGAUGGAAAACGAGACUGCCUGGAUGCCAGUGAUGAGACACGCACUGCUUGUGCAAGCAUUACCGGGUGCAAUGCUGAACAAGUGCUGUGCACAUCUCCCCGGAAAUGCAGGCCAGGUGUUUACUGCGAUGGCAUAUAUGACUGUAGAGAUGGCGCUGAUGAGGACCCUAGCUUCUGCAAGAACUACACGUGCCUGAGUGAAACGUGGCGCUGCAAGAACGACAUUCAAUGCAUUGGAACUCCGUUGGUGUGCGAUGGGAAGAACCAUUGCAAGGACGGUUCAGAUGAGGAGGCCAGUUUCUGCCAGUCUUACAACUGCACAUCGCUUGAAGGAACAGGCUCGUCCCGCUUCAAGUGCCCAACAAAUGACAAGAAGUGUAUCAGUGGAGCACUGUGUAAUGGAGAUGUGGACUGUGCAGAUGGUAGUGCGAGAGUGCUACCUUCUGCCAGAUGUACAACUGCCCUGCGGGUCAGUGGAAGUGUAAAAAGACUCCGCAGUGCAUUGGUGUUGACGAUGUGUGUAGUGCAAGUGCGAACUGCAAAGAUGGCACUGAUGAGGGUGCAGAAGUUUGUAAGACUUGGGAAUGUGCUCAGGGUUACUGGAAGUGCAAGGAUGCGAAGAAGUGCAUCUAUGCAGGCAAUUCCCUCUGUGAUGGGUCUUCCGAUUGUGACGAUGGCUCUGAUGAGUCUGUUGAAGUCUGCUCGACUGUCAGAUGUGAGGACUUCGGCAGAGUCAGAUGCCCUGACAAUCCGAACAGAUGCUGUGUAUGAAUGGCAGAUCCUAUCUAGCCUACUCUACAAUGCCGCUGAUAACGUCAACAGCUCCCCGAAGUACGAGCAGAUCUCGGACAAUCCCGCACGCUUCAAGCACCAGGGUAACAAAGUCCCCAUGGUCGCUGACGAUAUGCCUGCGCAACACUGGAUAGCCAUGGGCAGUAUGGCUCCAGAGCAUGCCGUCCCUAUCCUCCUUGAGGUUAUUGCGAAGCAGAUCUCGCUCAAGGAGAUGGAGAAGAAGUUCCAGCUUGUCAAGAAAGUCGCCUAUGUCUGCAAGGCAUUCGCAGUGGACGUGGGUGAUGAUGGCUUCAAGGAGGCCGGGAGACAGUUUCCUCUCCACACGAAGAAAAAACUUUUGGAGAAGUUCGUCGGUGGCAUCAGGAGGGGUCAGACGAGUAUCCCCGCACUGGAUGGUCAUAUUAAACGGGCUUUGGAAUGGAAGAACAAGGAGAGGAGACUUCAAGCAAAGGAGGCUCUUCAUGCGUUCCGUUCGAAACCUCUCAUGGAACCUUUCGUCGACUGGACGGAGGUGGCACACGAGCACACCUCGGCAGAAGUGAAGAUUAUCAACGGCGACAUGCGUUUUAUGUCGAAGAUGCAGACAGAGAAGUUGCCGAUAUCUCUGGCUAUUUUCGAUUUCCCUUACGGCUUCGCUCACGAGGGACAUGCAUCUGAUAACGAGACGUUUCCGGAGUCGGACGUCGUGGAGGUCCUUCAAAAUCUGAAGGACGUCUCCAAUGCCCCCCAAUGGACAGUUGCGGGAUUUUGCUCGGUGGACAUGCUUCCUUCCAUUCGCUCCGCCUUCCAGGAAGUUUGCAAUGCAGGGCAGGAGCUUUUGACUUGGUGCAAGCCUAAUGUAACGAAUCCCGGUGGACCCCGGCUUGUGAGUGUCAUGGAAUUCUACGUGUUGGGCUAUUACAUCGAGACUGGGCAGCGCGAGAUGGCGCACUAUAAUUUUGAUCCCACGGAUCCGCGUUGCAAUUUCCAGCUCUUCAAUGCUGUAAUGCAGAAGUAUCAGCACCCCGGUGGUGGUAUCCUCUGGCCGUUAGCAGUUGCUAGGCAGUCUUGGAUGCUGAAGUCCGCCACCAGGGGAAGGUUUGAUGGUCUGUGGCGGGACUUCCUGUUGGAUUUGGAUCUGUUUCGAGCAGAGUUUCGCAAUCAAGAAACAGAAUUGAACUCCAGAUCCCGCAGAUCGCGUUCAACCGUGGCAGACACGACGACCACCGUGCUCGUCACGACGGCCACCAUGUCCGACCCGACGACCAUCCCGGCCGACCCGGCGACCAUCGUGUCGGACACGACGACCAUCGUCGACGAUCGUGUCGGACACGAAGACGACCGUGCUCGAUACGAUGGCGGUUGUGUUCGACAGGACGACGGCCGUGUUCGAGACGACGACGAUCGUGUUCGACACGACGUCGGUCACGACGACGGCUGUGCACGACACAACGACGAUCGUGUUCAACGAGCCGGACACGACGACGAGGGUUUCGACACGACGACGGCCGUGUUCGACAAGAUGGCGAUCGUGUUCGACCCGACGACGAUCGUGUUCGACACGGCGACGAUCGUGUUCGACACAACAAGGAUCGUGUUCGACACGACGACCGUCGUGUUCGACACGACGACGACGGUGUCGGACUCGACGACGAUCUUGUUUGACACGACGACCAGCGUGUCGGACACGACGACGAUCGUGUUCAACACGACGACCAUCGUGUUCGACACGACGACGACCUUGUCGACCAUCGUGUUCGACACGACGACCACUUCGGUGGGAUCGAGUCAAACAACGAUUGUCGAGUUGAACACGAUCGUCGAGUCGGACACGAUCGUCGAGUCGGACACAAUCAUCGAGUCUGACACGAUCGUCGAGUCGAACACGAUGGUCGAGUCCAACACGAUAGUGCAGUCCAACACGAUAGUCGAGUCGAACACGAUCGUCGAGUCGAACACGACAGUCGAGUCGAACACGAUAGUCGAGUCGAACACGAUUGUGUUCGUCGAGUCGAACACGAUAGUCGAGUCGAACACGAUCGUCGAGUCGAAGACGAUCGUCACGAUCGCUUGGAGCAAGGAGUGGUCCGACUUCCUCGGGCCUUACAUGGUAUUGGCAAGGGAGACGGAUGAUGUGUUCGACAAGGUGCAACAAGUGUAUUCUGCUUGGGAGAGUGGACAGUUGUCGGGGAGAGAUGGUGUGAAGCCUGCCACCAAACAAGGUGAAUCGGGGAAAGCGCCGAGACCUGGCCCCAGAUUCGAGUUGGAAAAAGGAGUCAGGGUUCCAGUGCACUGGAUUCAGGGUACUAGAGGACCUGGUUACCGCGUGGUUGUGCGCGAUCCGGAUGUCAGAUCAUGGAAGGCUAUGUCUACGUUGGGGAGGCGUGAGAGGCUUCAGCUGUUGCGAGACAUUCUCGCGGGAAGUGUCAUACUGGCUCCAAGGCUAAGUAAAGCUGCUCACACUGUCAGGAAACAUUCGAUGGAGACAUACGUGGAAAUGGUGAAGCAGGAAAGAGCAAUGUUGAGAAUGUUUCACUACUUCGUCUUCAUUUUUGACCCUCACAUGAAGUCGUCAGAGUGGAAGGAACCAUUCUUCGACAACCUUUCUGAUUUGUUCGCUAAGUAUUGUAAUCAAGGAUUGACAUCGGAGAGGUGGAUCGACCAGCGACGACAUUUCAAAGAAAUGAGUUGGGUGCGGUCAUUUUCGGCAACACUUGGAGGCGAGGAUGAGAAAGGAGAGGAGAACUUCAAGAAAAGAAAAUCGCUUGCAAACAAAUGCCCCGAAGAGUUUAUUCAAUUUAUCAACAAGUUGUUGCGUAGAUCAGAAACUGGGGGUUCGCAUAAUAUUCGUUUGUCGGGACAAGCGAGGUAUAUAUAUUUCCAAAAAACGGACGUGACAUCUGUAUUCGUGCCGUUCCAGUGGGAACCGAGCGAUGUUUCAGACGAGAUUGAUUGCAAGGAGAUGUUUAGAGCCGUCAGACACCUGACGUGCCACACAGCCGUCCUGGAUUUGUGCCGCCCGACCCAGAUGGGUUAUGCGACUUGUUUUAUGGAUGGUGAGGACUUUGAUGCGGAUGACUCAGAAGAAGAGAGUGUUGAUGGCACUUUGCAAGCGGCUUUGGCAGCUGAGAGGCAAAAAGCUUGUAGCCCGUCUUCGCAGAGAAUGGGUAUUCCAGGCACAUCGUCCGGUUCGGGAGGAGCUUCGAGCAUGACGGUUUCAACAGAUCAGUUAAUGACUCAGCCACCGACUUCUUCUAUUGUUACACUGACUCAAAUGGAGGGUAAUACGAUGACGGAGCCAUCCGGAGGCAGUCUGGAUCCGAAGCUUCUAGCAAUGCUCUCCCCCGAGAUGAUGGCAACUCUAUUACCAUUUGCACACAGCCCAAGUACUGUUAUGGAAUUACUACGCUCUCGAACUCCACAACAACCUCCAUCUGAUGAGCCUUUGGAGUACGAGAUUGGAGACACAAUCCUUGCAGACAUUCGACUGCUUCAGGGGUCUAUAUCAAGCGGGGCAGCGGCGGAGGGCGGUGAUCUGGGUUCUGGUCCCGCUACUCAGCUGCACCAUGGCGAGAGCCGAGGUCAGUUCGACGACAGCGAGGAUGAGGGGCCUACUUCGCCGUUGAGGGAUACGCAGCAGUCUGUGUUGUCUAUUUCUGGGGUCCUGAUUGACGCUCCGGUUCGACAAGAGAGUGCGACAACUGCAGGAAAUGUGGCAGCCUCUUCGGAGGUCGACUUGGAGACGAGCGAGGGCCAGGGUGUGGAGGAGGGAACCGCGGGCGGCCUGGGAACGCAAGGCACUCCACAGAAGAGGAGGGGGGAUCGUACAGACGAGUUCGCCGUUUCUUCGAAGAAAUUAAAGAACAAGGCCCCGAGGACUGCGGGGGAGAAACGCAAGGGGACCGAGGGAGAGCAGGGCCGGCCGGGUGCCAAACGUCCAACUUCGAAACAAAAACAGGCUGCGUCACGACCAUCCUCUCCACAGACGCCACGGCCUCCCAUCGACGUCGACGCCGGGUACUUCCUCGAGUACAAAGACGGCGUUCGGACAAAGCGGGAGUUCGGGAUUAGCCUUGCGCAGGUCGUCGACCUCGGGGAGUGGGAGGACCUGUACAACCUGCUGUCCCUGGAUCCUGGGCUCAUGGAAGGGAUCAAAGAGGCGAUGCGGUUGGCAUUCGAAAAGAAAGAGCAGUCUUACGAGUUGCAAACCCUGAAGCUGGCACCGCUAGGGCUUGAUAAACCGACUCUCGGGACCAAGGCACAACGUCUGAGGCCGGACGAGGUGGCAAGGAAAUACAAUUUCGAGCAGUGGCCUGCACGAAUGGUGUACUUUUCGGAGGACGACUUCGAAGGGUACUUCCUUGUCAGUUCCCGGGACAACAAGAAGGACCUGAAGACGCCCCUGAGACAGCUGAAGCUGUCAAUGAAAGACAUUCGGUGGCAGUGGAAGCGCGACGCUUGCCGGCCGGCUGUUAUGGGGAACCCCAGCGGAAAACAGGAUCAGGUCCGGAAGUGGCGUGAAUUCUGUAAUGUCGAGCUCAAUAUGACACCGCACAACAACUUAUGGAUUCUUGCAGAUCAGAAGGGCAAGGAUGCCAUCAAGAAGCAAGGCGCUGCCCUACGUUCCUAUUUCCCACUGGCGAUGGCAGGAGAGAACGUCUGGAAACUGGCCGUCGAGUUUUUUGAGAAAUGGGAGACAGAACCUCUCGUUUCUGGCAUGAACCAUCUUUCUUUCGUGAAGUUGUUGGAAAGGAAGUGGGUGAGGAGUAGUCAGCAGAAGAAAAGCUUCCCCGUCGGGAACAAUUUAUACAAGGAAGACAACCGGAUGUACAUCCUCUUCAAGGGUGAUGAUUUGCGCGCUAACACGUCCAUCGUCUACGAGGGGAAACUGCCGGCAGGCGCCGCUGCUGCAAUGCGGCUGCCACAGAAGGUUACGCAAACGGAUGUGUCCGACAUUCCGUUCAACCUUUGCGACUGGUCGCAUACCUCGCCUGCACGGCGGGGCAGUGUGUUCAAGGACAUGGAAUACAACCCCACGGAAUUCGUCAAUCUUCUUGAAUCCAUCACCAAGAAGGGGGAGGGUGUCGUCUUCCUUGGGAAGCCACACGCGCGAUCCACGUGGGAACUACUGAAGGCAGGACGACACGGCAUUGCGAUGGAAGGGAACUCUGACCUGUUGCAAUUUGCAAUUGAUCUCGUCAAAAGCGAGGUCAAUUCGGGUGCCCACACUUGCGAGUUCAUGGUCGUCAACGAGACUCGGGCUCGCGCGUGGAACAACAAGACGGACAUGUGGUUCAAGUUGAGUGCGAGGAAGCGGAACAAGAUAUACGACUUCUUGUUCUUGCAAACGCAGCCGAAGAAGGACACUGACGCCGAGUACGUGCGCCGCAAGGACCACAUGUUCACGCUGCUCGACAACUACCACGGCGCCUCCCGCAUGAACGCGAAGACCUUCCUCGAGAGGUUGCAGUCCCUGUACUUCGUGGAGUCGGAGGAGGAGUUGACGUUCGGCAAUUACUCUUCCUUGAUCUCCACGGAAGACAAGGAGACCACCGGCAUCGAGUUCGAUGAGAAUGCGAACGAGGAGGGCAGCAACACCGAAAGCCUCGACCUGCAGUACUACCUAGAUCCCGCGCAACAUGCUAUAGGGUCGUCCUUGGCAGAGGACUACUACGACCUCGAUACGAGCCCCUCGAAGGGAAGGGUGGACUGGAAAAUCCCACCUCCCACUGGGAUGCAUGUGAGUUCGGGGGCCCGGGGAUCAGACGGUGGGGAGGACGAGGGCGACAAAGCUGGGGGUGGCAAAGGAGUCCCGCCUGGUUUGGAGGGCGGGUCUUACAGCGACACCACGGCAGCGGAAGGCAGCGGUGGGGUGGCGGGGGAGGCCUUCGGGCGUCAGGAGUCUACCGGUCCCGGUCCGGAGGGCUCGACACAGUCCGCCGACGUGCCCACUUCAUCCGCCGGCUCGGUGAUGACAGCCUUGGCUGCUCUCCAUGCUGGCUUGGGCGAAACAUGCAAGUCCGCCGGGAUCCGAACUUCAAUGCUUGCGGAGCGGACACAGAGGACGGACGCGCAGAGCUGGUCUGGAGCGAGGGUGCCGAGUGGUGACCCCAAAAUUGACAACGGUGUGGUGAGGGACGGGAAUGCGCCGCCUGCGGGGGAUCGACGACCGCUUCGGUCGGAGCGCAAAGGAAGGCCUGCGUGUGUAGAGCCAGAAGGGCAUUCGUCGGAAUUCGACACGGGUUCGGGCGAAGUGGCUGGAUUGCAUGCAAGGGAAGGAGGCAGGGUAAUGGACGAAGAGAAGGAAGGGGAGGAAGGAGACAAAGGGGAGGAAUGGGAGGAAGGAGGGGAGGAAGGGGAGGAAGAAGAGGAGGAAGGAGAGGAAGGAGAGGAAGGGGGAGAAAUGGAGUUGGGUGAGUUGUUCGAAGGGAAUGAGGGGGAAAAAGGGGACGUCGAUACUGGAGACGACGAACGAACGUUCAAUGACGACGAUGCCAGAUCUGGGGAGUCGUCUGACGGAUUCGGGCUGCUGUACGGAGAACAUGGCGAGGAAGACGACGACGACAAUGAGACGGCAAUGGAGAUGGAGACACAGGUGGUCACCAGCCUUUAGGUCGAACGUGAUGACUUUGAGGUCCAAGCAAUAACGUCUGCCGUCGAUCUCCAACACCGGUUCAACGAGGCUCG